AUUACUUUUGUUUUUGCUCAUAUCAAUAGGAUUUUCGAAACAUAUCUCAUGGGGAUGUUCAAGUACAAAGAAUCGUCAUCGGAUGAUGAAGAAAAUGGAGAAAAAGAUAAGGAAAAGGAUGACGGGAGGAGACGAACAGAGUCGGAACGGUCAAAUGCAGGAGAGCAGCCCAAGAAGGACUUGGAGGAAGAGAUCAAGUUUGGCGAGCGACUCCAGGACGACUUGAUCAACUCGUUCUCGGACAAACUACAAGCCGCCUAUCCACGAGAAAUAGAAGGUCUUUUCGCUAUUCAGUUCCUGCUAAUUACCGACAUGGCAGACGUAAGAAAGCAGUUGACUGGUCGAAAUCCGGCUGUUCAGGUUCUGUUCGACAAAACGCGGGAACAUUACAUCCUUGUACACUACAAUCCGCGACACCACUUCAUCGAGAUCUACGACAGUUUGCAGACGUUUGACACGAAUGGGAAGCCGACGAUAAUCCGCGAAAUCUGCGUCCAAAUCAGCAACAUGUUUGGCCACCUAUUCAGGCGUGACAUUCCUUGCCUCAUUGACAAGGAAUACGAACUACAGUCGGACAACUUCUCGUGCGGUUACCGAGUCAUUGGAGCUCUCGUGGAUAUUGCUCGCGACAAGAACCCCGGGAAGUUUAAAUACAGCAGAAAUGCGAUUCUGGAUUUUUUGAAGCUCGUUUUAAAUACUUCAAAGCCGACAUGGGAGAUGUUCGAGCAGGCAAAACUUGGAAGACACAAGUCUUAUAGUGGAAGUCAGUGUGUGAAGCUUUACAUUCCAAACCUGUCAUAUUCCAACUCCACGAGCUCCAGUCGGGCUUCUUCUGUGGAUUCUUUGGCAUCUUUCAAUUCACAAAGUUCAACAGAUUCGCAGAAUACUUUCCGUAAAAACGGUGGUAGGGACCAAUUAGAAUGGAAACAAGGACCUGUUAGAAUGGCAAAGCUUCCUGUUUUUCCAGAACCUGAAAACUCGGUAAAACGGGACAUGACUUCUCCAAAACCUAAUGAUGAUGAUGGCACACUUAUGGGAUACUUUAGACAUGGAUAUCAAAGUGUCGCGGAUUUUUUCCAUAGAAAGACUGUUGGCGAGGAGGAACAAGUUGUUGCAGAAAAGAAAGAAUAAGAACGAAUUUUACUCGAUACUUUUUUAUAGAAAUUUUUUUCUGUGAUUUAUUUUCGAUUUGUCAAAAAUAUGGAUAAACUUUUGAUUAGAC